GUGUCGGUUUCACGUCACAUGCGACCGUAGGGAUUUAGCUGCCGGUCUGUUGAGAAACAAAGAAGCCAACACAAUCUGCUUAUUCUUAUUGCAGUGCAAUUUGUCCCAUCACGACAUCCUGAGAGAUCUGUCCACUUUUUCGGAGUGUGGAAAAUCCUGACUGUUCCUCGCACUGACAUCGACGGUUUCGACGACGUGGGUUUUGUUGGCCCUUGAGCAGUCUCCUUCCUUCCAGCGAAACUGCGGGCGUAGGAAGGGCAGAUCCCGCACGCGCUUGUGAGAAAAAGGUGCAGAAAUGGCUCGUAAUGAAGAAAAGGCGCAGUCUAUGCUCAACAGGCUUUUGGCGUCAAAGGCUGCAGAGGGAAAGGAGCCUAAGCAGAAGCGUCCGUACCUGGCCACAGAGUGCCAUGAUGUGGUGGAGGCAGACAAAUGGCGGCAGCAGAUCCUGCGGGAGAUUGGGCGCAAGGUCAUGGAAAUCCAAAAUGCCGGCCUUGGCGAUCACAGAAUACGAGACCUCAACGACGAGAUCAACAAACUGAUUCGAGAGAAGGGGCACUGGGAAAAGCGCAUUGUGGAGCUGGGGGGUCCGGACUAUGCCAAGAACGCUCCCAAGGUGCAGGACAGCCAGGGAUUUGAGAUCCAAGGGGCGACUGGGAAGGGGAGCGGCUACAGGUACUUUGGAGCCGCCAAGCAGCUGCCGGGGGUGAAGGAGCUGUUUGAGAAGGAGGCCCCACGGCAGCUGCGGCGCACGCGGCACCAGAUGUAUGCGCACAUCAACGCGGACUACUACGGCUUCCGCGACGAGGAGGAUGGCGUCCUGGAGAGAGUGGAGGCCGAGGCUGAGCGCGCCGUGCGCCAAAAGCUGAUGGAGGAGUGGGCAGAGAAGGAGGCGGAGCGGCAGAGCGCGCUGGCAGGAGUGGCGGGGGGCAUGGAUGACGGUAACGCUGCGUCAGACGAGCCCCAGUACGUGGCAUACGUGCCGCUGCCGGACCAGAAGGAGAUCGAGGCGCGCGUUGUGGAGAAGAAGAAGGCCGAGCUGCUGGCCAAGUACUCCACCCCUGCUCUGCAGGCGCAGCAGCAAGAGGCCAAGGCGCUGCUCAGCGGGCAGUGAGCUCACGCAUGGGGGUUCUGUUUCAAUAUCGGUUGACCCUUGUGAAUCGUGCUGUUCAGUUGGAAUGUUAUCGUGCCUUCAGGUCUCUGUUUGCUAAAGCACGUGGUUUUUGUUCGAUAAUUGAUUACAACCCUCGAGAGUGUCGUGGAAGUUGACCAAAUGACAAAGACUCUACAGAGAGGACCAUGCGUGUACCAUUAAAAGCAAAAGAUAGAAAGGCAGUCGUGAUU